AUGGCCGAACCAUUGAUCGUUCCAACACAAAAGUCGGCGACAAGGAAGAGGCGAGAGGCAAAGGGCAAGGAACGAGAGCGUGCGCGCGAACAGGUCGCUGCGGCUUCGGGCUCGGCACCCGGCCCCUCCAAGCCAAAGCCAAAACCAGAGCCGACAGAGAGUUGGGACUGCAUUCCCAUCGCGCGCAGCGAGGUGUCAUCUGUGCCCCCCGUGUGGUCCAAGGAUGGACGGUUCUACUUCACCGCUGCCGGGACGUCGGUGUUCGUACACUCUUCGGCUGGGCCCGACUUUGAGAGGCUCUCGACAUUGUCGUCAACCGACCCAAACGGGCAUCGCAAGGCGAUUAACGCGCUGCUUGUUCACCCCACCAAUGCUCUGCAGAUCAUCACCGCGUCUGACGACGGCACGGUCAAGGUCUGGGACUGGGUCGAGGGCCGGCUGGUGCGGACCAUCGUUGCCGCCGAGAAGGGGCACGUCAAGCAAAUCUGCCUCGGCGAUCUCAAUGGAGUAUGGUGGAUCUACGCCAACCUCAGUACCGUCAAGUCCAAGUCGGGCAAGCGGUCUAACACUGACCCAACCAACCUGUCACACAAGGUUGUGCGGAUCCCUCUCGCAGGUCAGGCCAAGGACGAGGAUCCGGCGUCGCUCGUUCACCAGUUCGGCAAGCUGCGGGCACCUCCAUCUGCCAUCUUCCUGUCUCCUCGCUCCAACUACCUCGUAGCUCUCGCCGGCACCAAGGCUUACGUCUACCGUUUGCCCAAGGACGAGGGGCUUGACGGAGUGUGGAAGCCCAAAUGCGUCAAGUUUGUUAGCGACGAGAUCUUCACGUGCGGCGCGUUCGCACCGGACCGGAGGUCAAGAUCGGGUGCUGAGCAGGAGGAGUGGUUCGCGACUGGCGACGCCAAGGGUGUGAUUCGACUGUGGCAUGGCAUCGGUGCAGCGUUCCGGCAGCUCGACGCGGGUGCUGGUCAGGCUCAGCAGAACGACAACGAGAAGCGCCUACCGACCACGUCGCUGCACUGGCAUGCACACGCGGUUGCAGCGAUUGCUUUCACCAGCGCAGGCGCGCAGAUCCUCUCGGUCGGUGAGGAGAGUGUGCUCGUACAGUGGCACCUUGCUUCCGGAAAGCGCGAGUACAUCCCGCGACUUGGUGGGCGGCCGAUCCUGAGCGUGGCUGUGCGGCCUGGUGCUCGCGGCGUCGAGGAGGAGUUCUGGAUGGGAUUCGCAGACGGAGCCAUGAUGCGCGUUGGCGCGGCCAGCGGUGCCGUCUCUGCUGUUGGGGCAAGCGUACGUCUGGACCCUCUGCGCCCGACAUCGAAGCGGGCCUAUCCCCUCGCUGUUCACCCUGCAAGCAAGGCUCUCGUGGUACCAUCUUCUCACCCGUCAACGCUCCAGUUCAUUGACCCCCUCGAGUCGCGCGUCCUCUUCGACCUCGAGGUCGCACCGUCGAACCGCGUGUCCCGGCGCGACGAGAAGCAGCUCGAGCCCGUGGCUGUGGAGAUGGUCGCAUUUAGUGCUGUGCUUGACGGGCGUUCCGAGUGGAUGGCGACUGUCGAGGGCCGACCAGCCGACGAGGCCGAAGGUGGUGGUCUCGUCAAGACGCUCAAGUUCUGGCGCUGGAACGGCGACCGCUACGUUAUCAGCACCCAGUACCCGCGCCCACAUGGAACCGAGGACCUCACGGCGCUUGCAUUCGGCGCGACCGGCUCCGAGCCGUUCGCCAUCACAACUGCGGUGGGCGGCACCGUCAAGCUCUGGCACGUGCGCCAGGCCAAGAAGAGCGAGCAGGGCAAGGCGUCGUCGAAGAAGCCGGUCGUUGCUGAACUGUACUGGUCGCUCCGUUCGACGUUUGGCUACCGCUCUCUACCUGUCCACGCAGCCGGGUUCUCGCCGGACGGCUCGCUCGUUGUGCUCGUCCAUGGUCAGGUCAUCACGCUCUGGGACGCCGCGACGAACGUCUUCGUCCGCGCUCUCGAGGCCCCCCUCGAUGCCCGCAAGCUCGCUUUCGCCGGCCCUGAGGGGCGGUAUAUCGUCGCAGCGGCUAGCACAGGCGUGGCGGUGUGGGACGUUCUUUCCUGCGAGCUGGUGGCCACUCUGCCAACACAGGCGGCGGACAUGCUCGUUGGACUGCACUCUGGCAUCCUCGCGGCUCGUGCGGUACCUCCUAAGGGCGCCGGCCAGGCGAAGACGGAGGUGACGAUCAUGGCUCCCAACGGAUCGGGAGCGCGGACCAUCACCCUCGCAGUCCUCAUCUCGGCCUUGGCAGACCUUCCCUCCACGGCUGUGCAUCUUGUCGGUAUCGCGCAAUCAGGCGAGAUCUACCGCUUCGGAGAGCUCCAAAAGGCCUCUGCGCCGACCAAGCGGACGAUCACAGCGGACGCGCCCAGACGCGCCACGAGUAUCUGGCAGGAGAUGUUUGGCCGUGGCGCGUUCCUCGACGAACUCGCACCGCCGCCCGAGAAGGAGGAGGGGGCCGUUACUGCACUGCAGCGCGCAGCGGCUGGCCGUCCCGAGGCCGUGUUCGAGGGCGCGAGCCACACCCUUCCGCCCAUGGGGAUGCUGUUCGACGCGUUCAUGGACGAGCUCCUUGCCCCGCGGGCCGAGGAGGCGGUGGAGGGAAUGGAGGUGGACGAGGAGGAGGCCAUCACCCUUGAAACGAGCGUGGCACCGGACGCCGUGCGGAGUGUCACGGACCGCGAGGUGGAGGAACUGGAGGUCUCCUUCUGCCAGUUGAAGAUGGGGGCAAAGCCCAAGCCCAAGCCCCUGCCCAAGGUCGGGAAGAAGCCCAACGGUCUGCCGAACGGGAACGCGCACCGUGCAGUAUCCACGCCAGUCAACAAGGCGAAGAGCAAGAGCAUGCCGACGACACCGGACACGCCCGAGCUGGUCGACGGCAAGCGGAGCAAGAAGCGCAAGGCACCCCGCCAUAGCGAGCUGUAG